GAUAGACGACGCCAUUGAAAUAUGCUACUUCCCCGGUAUUUUUCGUGGAGCCUCCAACGCUGCACGAUGGCCUUCUACGCCGUAGCUAGUGGUCGGAGGGCAGGAGUAUACGGCUCUUGGGCAGAGUGCGAGGAGCAGGUCAAGGGCUUCAAGAACGCCAAGUACAAGAAGUUUAAAACGCGCCAGGAGGCGGAGCAGUUCGUCAAUGGCUGUAAACCGCUGUACGCUCCACAGGAUUCGGCGGUGCCCCUGGGCCAGAAGCAGGCAGCUCCGGCUAGUUGGAAGGAAAGGGUCGAUCGGAUCGAGAAGCCCAAGUACACAGAGGCCUGGCCCGAAGAGGAUCACGACCUGAUUGAAGAUGAGCUGAAUGCUGCCAUGAACGAAGUGGAAGGAGAUCCAAAGCCAUCAUCUAGCAGUGACAGUUUGGCAGACAUCCUCAAUCGCAAGCGAAAAGGCAACGACUCUAUAAAUACUACAAAUAAGAUUCCACGACAUGCAUCUCACGUAUCUGAAGCCACGGCUCUCAAGCAGGUGGGUGCCUUCCAGUUCGAAAUCGACGCCGAAGGCUACGUGAUUGUGUACACAGAUGGCUCUUGCAUAGGAAAUGGGCGUCCAGGAGCCUGUGCCGGCUAUGGCGUUUAUUUCGGCAAGAAUCACCAGCUAAAUGCAGCCAAGCCCGUGGAAGGACGCGUCACCAACAAUGUCGGUGAAAUACAGGCGGCAAUUUACGCCAUGAAAACCGCCCUGGAUUUGGGAAUCCAGAAACUGUGCAUCAGCACUGACUCCCAGUUCCUGAUCAACUCUAUUACCCUGUGGGUUGCGGGUUGGAAGAAAAGAGACUGGAAGCUGAAGAACAAUCAGCCUGUGAAGAACGUAGUUGACUUUAAGGAAUUGGAUAAUCUGCUCCAGAACAACAGCAUAACAGUAAAAUGGAACUACGUGGAGGCUCACAAGGGCAUAGAGGGCAACGAAAUGGCAGAUAAAUUAGCGCGACAAGGAUCCGCUAUUUAUAAGGAAAGGAACUCCUGAUAAGCAUUUUUAAAAUUAAGCGCCUUUGUAGUGUGUAAUCGAUGUGGCAACGCUGAAUAAAUUGAAGUGGAGUGACAACCCUAA